GCGGCACAAGGCACACAGACAGAAAGAGAACACACGCCAAGAAGCAUGUUCUGUGUAAUUGAGAUUAAGGAUGUGAUACGGCUCAAGCCGAAGCGGUUUGCCACGGACCGCAACGAGGCCCUUGCCUUUGAAAUCAACAAGAUGUUCACCAACAAAGUCAUCCACAAGCGAGGGCUGGGCAUCUGCUUGUUUGAUUUGUUGGACAUUGGCGACGGAGAAAUCCACCCGAGCGACGGUGCUGCACAUGUGCACGUGACCUUCCGCCUACUCAUGUUUCGCCCAUUCGUGGGCGAGGUCCUCAAGGGCACGAUUCGCAGCUGCUCGCGUGACAGCGGCAUUCGCGUGUCCCUGGGCACGUUCUUCGACGACGUUGUGAUUCCGCCAGACAAGCUGCGGCCGGGGAGUUUCUUUGACGAAGCGAAGCAGACGUGGAUCUGGCGCUACUCUGCAGACGACGCCGUCCACGACCUCGAAUACUCCCUGGAAGACGAGAUUUACUUUAUGGUGGACGAAGAAAUCUUCACCGACAUCCCGCCACGCACGCGCUUGGAGUCGAAGAAGGCGGCCGAGGAAACCGCAGCGCAACAAGUCCCAUACCUCAUCAAGGCGAAAGCGGACCUUGAUGGCCUUGGCAUGUGCGAGUGGUGGGACUUGUAACACUCACCCAACGGCUGUUUCACUCCUCCCCUUCCGUCCACACACACACACACACACACACACACACA